ACAACUGUCAGUGUCAAACUGAAAUGUGCAGAACGAACACCGUUUGUCGGUAAUGCUGAGAUCCCAAAAGAAAGAAAAAUAAUAUAUUCAGGAUGCCUACGUUCCGGCCCGCGGGCCUGUCGGAUUCUGAUUCCGAUAGCGAUGACUAUGGUUUUGAAAAACCGGCCAGAAGAUAUAAUCCAGUUCCACAGCAAAAUAUUUUGAGAAGGACUGAAAAUAUCUUACAAGAAGCUAUUAUCAAUAGUAACUUGGAGGAAGUAAAAGCAAUCAUCUCCAAUGAUUCCGUCACCCCGGUGAUGGUGGCAUGCUCAAACUCCAGCGCCAGCAAUGAAGCUAUCCUCAACAUAUUUAUCAGUCUAGUAGAAAAAGGUUGCCUAUUGAAUAUAGGCGACAAAUACGGUCAGACCCCACUCAUGAGGGCCAUCAGCAGCGGCCGGGACGAUGUGGUACAGAAGUUGAUAGAUGCACAAGUUAAUAUUGAGAUGAGAGACCAGCAGGGGUGGACUGCACUUUUCUGGGCCGUUCACCACAAUCAGCCAGAAAUCCUCAAACUACUAAUAGAGAAUGGUGCGCGGCUGAGAGAGGUAGACAAAAAUAGCCGCACGCCCCUAGACAUAGCCCAUUCACACGACCACCAGAAUGUUAUAGAUAUUCUAAGCCCACACUUCAAGACUGAGGACAGAACUGACGAUAAUGUUGUGAAUGAUAUUAGCUCUUGGCAUGAUUUCUAUCCUGGUAUAGAGAGAGGUUUCAAACCUACUUAUUCGAGCGAGAUACGUCACCUCCUCUACGGCAUGAGUUGCGAGAGGCUCGGCCCCCUAAUACACCAAAGCGGAAUAGACCUAAAAACUUUCCUACUACUUGACGCAGAUGGUAUGGUCAAAAUAGGAAUUAAUAUGCCCUUCGAGAGACAUCGGUUGGAGAUCGGUCUUAGGAAUUUUCACUCUAAGGGCUGGAAUCUGAAUUCUGUGGCGGGGUUGUAUGCGCAGAAGCAUAAGAAUUAUAGUGUAUUAGACUGUCUAACAACGCUAGGCACUCAUCUACAACAGAUAUACAUCUUAGAAACCACAAUACAAUACGCAUUACGAGAGUACAAGAAAGUCCAAGACCAAAUUAAGUUUGAACCGCCCGAUUCGCCCCUACUUACUAAAUUCAGAGACACUGCAAAGAAGUUGAUUGCCAAUAUUAAUAAUAUUAGGGGUGAAAUGAAGAUUAUGAAGAGUAUCCUUAUAAAGGUAAACAAGAAAAACCCGAAGCCAGCGGACCUGAUCAAAGAGAGAUCGUUACAAGAAGUAGUGUUGUGUUACAGUAAACGAGCCGUUCUUAUCGGUUCCCUCGGCCUGGCCAUAAGGUACAUGCUUCCUAAUUUGGUUAAGAAAUAAAUAUAAACAGGUUAA